GGGAGGAGGAGGAGGAGGGGAAGGAUCGGCAGUCUCCAAAAGCCACAUCUGAAGUGUCUCCCUUUGAUGUGUAUAAGUCGUCACUGGUGGUCGUAGCUAAAUGGUGUCAGCUUCGUUCUUUUCUUCUAUCCCUUCUAUUUUCUUCAUUCCUGUGUCUGCCCUCCUCUUUUGGUAAGAAUGAAUCGCCUUAGUUACGCCUUCAUCUCUGCCUUCAGCCUACUGGCUGUGGCGAAUCCAGUUCCAAUUGGAACUUCUCGCUAUGCCCUUAACGAGCGUGACAUCACUGUGACUGAGGCUGAUAUCUCGUCCCUGAGGUUCUACGCUCAGUACGCUGCAGCCGCCUACUGUAAUAGCGAGGUCCCUGUGGGUUCUGCCAUCACUUGUUAUUCAGACACCUGCCCAGAUGUCACUGCCGCAAAUGCAACGGUGACUAAAACCUUUGUCGGCCUUCUCACCGAUGCCAAAGGCUUUGUCUCGACGGAUAAUAAGAACAAACUCAUCGUGGUAUCUGUACAAGGAAGCGAAUCUAUCCGAAACUGGAUAGCCGACCUCACGUUCGUAGGCCUUCCUUGUGACCUCGUAAGCGGCUGUGUGCUCCACACCGGAUUCCUCACCGCAUAUAACGAGGUAAAAGAUGCUUUGUUGGCGGGCGUGGCAGCUGCCAAGGCCGCAAACCCUUCCUAUAAGAUCGUCUUUACAGGGCACUCGCUCGGUGGCGCUGUUAGCACGGUGGCUGCAGGUUACGCACGAAAACUGGGCUACGAGGUCGACCUAUACACCUACGGCAGCCCCCGCGUCGGCAACAAGCAGUUCGUCCAAUUCGUCACGGAUCAGGCCGGUGCUGAAUACCGUGUAACGCACCUCGACGACCCCGUGCCACGCCUACCUCCUCUCAUCGUGGGAUACCGACAUACGAGCCCGGAGUACUGGCUAGCUGACGGCAGCUCCGACACCACGACGUACACGGCCGCGGACACGAAGGUGUGCGAGGGCCACGCCAGCGUCAAGUGCAACGGCGGAACGCUAGGUCUCGAUAUCGAAGCUCAUCUAAACUACUUCGAGCCCAUUAGCGGCUGCAGCCAAGACGACCUCUCCUUCAAGAGAAGGGACACAGACAUCUCGGACGAAGACCUCACUGCCAAGGUCAAUGACUGGGCGGAGCAGGACCGCGCGUACGCGGCGACGCUGGAUGAGUAGGUAAUUACCUAGGAAUGGGUUUUAGGAGGGUGUUAAAAUACAAAAUAGUAAUAAAUUAAUAAAUAUACAUAUAUCAUUUCCUCGGAA